AAGUCUUAAGCUUUCUCACUCCACUCCACGCCUCGCCAGCUGCUAAACCCGGCCGGCGCGGACGACGCUGUAUAUAUUUUAUCAGCGUGCGGCCACGUACACGGUACACGCCCCCAGCUGCUUCGAAACCAACUCCAGAAAACUCGGCACAGCCUAGGCCGAUUCGCCUGUGCCUGUGCGUACGUGAGCUGCGAGGUAGAUAGAUGGCUGCGGUGGUGGAGGCGGCGCCGGCUGCGGAGACGGCGGCAAAGGCCGUGGCAGAGGAGGAGGCCGGCGUCACCGCGCCUGGGCCUCCGGUUGGUGGCUCCAACUCCAAGGCCCUGAUCGUCGUUGACAAGGUGGAUGAUAAACCUUUUUCUUUGAAUAAUAUGCCAAGGAACUCCAAUGAUAGAGUGGAAAUAGAGAAGAUAAACUCUUUGAUUAAAGCUUGGGAAGAGAAUGAGAAGGCAAAAGCAGAUAACAAGACUGCUAAGAAACAAUCUAUUAUUCUUUCAUGGGAGAACACAAAGAAGGCAAUCAUAGAAGCUGAGUUGAAAAAGAAGAAAGAAGAACUAGAGAAGAAAAUGGCUGAAUAUGCUGAGAAGAUGAAAAACAAGAAGGCAAUCAUCCAUAAGAAGGCCGAGGAAAAGAGAGCGAUGGUUAUGGCCCAGCAUGGUGAAGAAAUUCUCAAGACUGAGGAGAUGGCAGCUAAGUACCGUGCCACUAGGGUAGCUCCAAAGAAAUUUCUUAGGUGCUUUAGAGCAUAAGGAAGGUUUGAUUUUUAUGCUUUCUUAUUUGUGCAUUAAAAUGCCAUGGUGCAACUUUAUCAACUUAUGUAAUUGUUACCCUUCUUAAUUGUUUGUAUAGACUACUAUUUAUGGUGCACAAAUGAUACUAUUGGUGUAUAAUUAGACCAUCAUUGACCAAAAUGAAAAGCAUAUAAAUGUGAAUGUAGUACUUA